UGAUGAAUCAUAUAUUGCGAUCUUCACCUGCAUGAGGGAAGACAAGAACUAAAAGCUUGACGUUUAGAAGUAUGACUGUUUCGUGCUUUUGUUUCUCUAACAUCAGUCAGGACUUUGCAUAAAAUCGUCUGUCCUCGCAGGAAUGUAGUUUGGAGGGCGGAGACUCGCGGCAACAUUACAUUCUGCAUCCCGAAGCUGUGAAAUAUGGACACUGCCAUGAGAACAGCCGUGAUCGUUCAAGAUCGUUCAGCACUGUUCAUAACAGGAUCCGAGCACAGCGCAAAGAUGACGGAGAGGUGGAUGUAGUGUUUGGGCUCGGGAUCUGUAGGUCAUACACACGGCUGGAGUUUACGGUGAUCGUUUUGUAACAAGGGUUGUUCUUUGUUGAGACAUUGUUUUCUGCCUGGCUGUUUUCAGUGGACCAGUGGACAGCUCUUCAUUUCAGCCCCGAAUCUGCUCUUAUAUCUGGGCGGGACGUGGAGAUAAAAGAGUUCAGCAUGAGGAAUAACGAGGAGACUGAGGGCUUUGAUGGCGAGGCCUCCAACACCUCGAUGAUUUCAGGAGCCAAUAGUCCGUAUCAGCCGACCACCGAGCCCGUGCACUCCAGAAACGUGUUCAGGGCCAUCAGGUGUGACCUGGACUAUAUCAAAUCACAUUUCGGUAUUUUAAAAAUUAUCGAAGUGGUCCUGGCUCUCAUCUCAUUCAUCUUCAUUGAGACCAUAAUGAUGUGCUCGCCCUGUGCCGGCGUCUACCUCUUUGAGUUUGUCAGUUGCAGUGCCUUCGUUGUCACAGGCGUCUUGCUCCUCAUCUUCAGCCUGAACCUGCACACCAAAGUGCCCCAUAUCAACUGGAGUCUAACAGAUCUAAUCAACACUGUCACCAGCACCUUGUUCUUCUUUCUGGCUUCAGUGGUUUUGGCAGCUCUCAACCAUCAAACUGGAGCAGAGAUUGCAGCUGUGAUUUUUGGGUUCCUGGUAAUGGGUGUGUACGGUCUGAACACAUAUUUGGCAGUUCGGAGAUGGCGUCUCGGUGACUCGCAAGAUGGACCCCUGCAGACCAGUGAGUACAUCCGUGCCCGCACAGCCUCGCGGGGAGAGGUGGAGUCGAGGCCUGAGCUGCCGUAAAGCACACAGGUGGACCAAUAAAAACUGAGACAACACAUUCCUCAUGAUGGAAGCCUGAUGACCGGGCAGUCUGGAUGAGCUCUUACAAACAAACAGUUGCGUGAACAGUCUGAAAUGGAACAAACUUAUGGCAUCUUCAUCAUCAUCAGCCUCAGGCCGUUGUCAUUUGACUGUAUACUUAAAUACUGUAUCUUUCUGCUAAUUAAGGGCUUUACCUUACCAUGAUCUGGAUAAUUAUUGACCGACACUGACUCCACUGUGCUCCUAAAUUCCCAGCGGGGAACCUGAAAGGUUUAAGUGAUAUUUGUGACUGAAGUGGAAUGGAAAUUUGUGGUAGUGUUUAUGAGCAAAAAAGUUUUUUGUUUUUUUUCUCUCUGCAAUUGUGUUCCUGUAUCAAACACAUAGUAAACUGCAGUUGCAUCGGGAUGUUUUUGCAGCAGCCCCUCACUGCAGAAAACAAGAUCCAGGGGGCAUGGUUGGAUUCAA